AUUUAAAUUAAACUUCUCGUAACAUCAGCUUUAGUAUGCUCGUAGAAAAAAUAUAGUUCCUAACUCUUGCGGGAAGAAAUUUCCCGCACUCGUUAGGAAAAUAGCUAUUUUCUACUGACGUUUCAUAAUAGCAACUUUUCGAUUGUCAUUUCAGUUUUGAAACGACAUUCUUUUAGGCACUGAGUGCGUGAAAGUUACUUUUAGGCACUCAGUGCGUAAAAGUGACUUUUGAAUGCGUAAAAGUGACUUAUGAGUGCGUAAAAGUAAUUUUUAAGCACUAGUGCCUAAAAGUGUCAUUCAUUAUUCAGAAAUAAAAAACACACUAAACACAUAUUUGAAUUUUGUUUUGUAUUUAUUAUGAAUAUUGAAAAUGGAAUUACUGAAUUGAACGUUUGGGUUACUCAAAACAGAAGUUUGUGUUAUUACCUACUUUCUAGGAUUUUAAUUAUUGAUGUCGAAUUUUGAAAAGAAAAUCGCAUGAAAAGUGUCAGGUGUCAAGUAAAAGCAGGUAACAAAGAUUCUGGGUGUAAUCGACUUAUUCACAUGAAAUAAAAUUGUGUUUUUUUAUUAUAAAAUGCCAGUAGAAAAAAUCUUGUAUACAAUACGUUACGAAACGAUGUCUUUUAGUCACUCGACGUGUUGUCCAACUCUGCUUUGCCUCGUUGGACAAUUUUCACGUCGCGUGCCUAAAAGACGCUCAUUUCGUAACUUAUUGUAUAAAUAGCUAUUUUCUACCCGCAAAAAUAUGUAAACACACAGGCUGGAACAUGCUCACGCACUCAGCCACGUUAAUUUUCCUGACACGGGCGAUCUUUAUCUAUGCGUGGGGUUGCUGGCAGCCCGGCUUCGUCACAGAAUAUCGUUCGACAGCAAGUAUACGUACUUACGCAUCUGUAUUAGGUGAUCUGUGCUAAAACCUAAAACCAAAUAUGCAUAAAGCAUAUAAAAAAUCAGCGCGAUCGUAACCUGUAGUGCAAGCACCCUAUAUACGUCAAGGCGAGAAACAACACGCUGCCUACGUCAUCACUGGUACUUUGGCGUGGUGGAUUGAGAUUUUUAUUAAUUAACUGAUUAUCUUAAUGAUAAUUAUUUUUAUUAAAGUUGUUGCAGAUGACAGAGGAAUCCAAUAAAAAAUAAACCCGAAAUUACAGAAACAUAAUUUUUUCUGUCAGCAAAUAUUUGUGAAAAACUAUACCGUUAUGAGCCGUUUAAACCGAAAUUAUCGUUCCGAACCGAAUCGAAAUAUUUCUCUAAGAACUGGAACCGUAACGGAACCGAUAUUUGUCAUGACGCUGUGGACCGGAACGGCACCGGUCCCUGCUUUUUGGUAUGCCUUUAGCCGGCUCUGGCUCGAUAAGUUUUGUAUAUAUGAUCCUCCUUUCAUUGCAUAAAUAGAUACGCGGAUGACAUUCCGACCGAACCGAUUCGCCUGAACCAAACCGAACCAGAACCGGUAGAGCAAAGGCGUUUUCUCGCGUCCACUUUUUUGAAACUGGUUCAAAACUGUUUUGAAAUAGAACAUUCUCGCGAUAAACCCAUGACGUCACGUCAAAAUUGGUUCAAACCGUUGCGAAAUACAAUCCAAUCCACGUUUUCAAACCAUUUUCUCGCGCCGAGAAAUUAUGACGUCAUGGUGACAUUACUUGAACCAGUUUUGAAAUAGUACAUUAAAAUACAAGUUUCAUAAGACGUCAUUUUAUCGCACGAGCCCUAUAUUAGAAAACGAGCCGGAGGCGAGUUUUCUAAAGGGCGAGUGCGAUAAAAUGUCUUAUGAAACGAAUAUUUUAUACUAUUUUUUCUAUUUUGGUAUUGUUUAAUUUUAAAAAAAACAAAUUUUUCUUAGAAAUUUUAUUCUCAUAUUUCGAUUUCAUAUAUUUAGGUUGGUAACACUACAUGCCAAAUAUAGAAAUCUUCUAUUAUAAAAUCGCGAAUGACAGUUUGAUGGCCAUCAGUCAGCCAGUGUUACCAACCUCCGAUAAGUAAAAAAGGAGUGUCACAAAGAGCUUCUUUUCGAAACUACUUUUAGUGUCGAAAAGACUUCGAUAUGACACCAAAAUAGAAUAGUACAUUAAAAUACAAGUUUCAUAAGACGCCAUUUUAUCGCACGAGCCCUAUAUUAGAAAACGAGCCGGAGGCGAGUUUUCUAAAGGGCGAGUGCGAUAAAAUGUCUUAUGAAACGAAUAUUUUAUACUAUUUUUUCUAUUUUGUUAUUGUUUAAUUUAAAAAAAACAAAUUUUUCUUGAAAAUUUUAUUCUCAUAUUUCCUGUUUUCAUAGUUUAUGUUGGUGUCACUACAUGCCAAAUACAGAAAUCUUCUAUUAUAAAAUCGCGAAUGACAGUUCGAUGGCCAUCAGUCAGCCAGUGUUACCAACCUCCGAUAAGUAAAAAAGGAGUGUUACAAAGAGCUUCUUUUCGAAACUACUUUUAGUGUCGAAAAGACUUCGAUAUGACACCAAAAUAGAAAACAAAUGUUUUGAAACAUUUGAGACGCGAGAAAACGCCUCUAGUUCAGAGUAGAUUCGGAACAACCGGAACCGAUUCUCAUUCGUUGCCAACGGUCGGCACCACAGCACACAGCCCAGGGGCCACGAUACUUUAACCUAAAAUUUUUUCGUGGUUUUGCUUUGCUUCUUCAUUUAGGAGAGGAUUUAAUUUGAAUUUGAAUUUUAAUUUUUAAAUUAAAAUAUACAUAUUUCAAUGGAUUCUUCAAACUCUACUGUUGAGACAAUUGCGGUUGUUAAUUUUUUAUUGGAAUCAAGUUGCUGUUACAGAUGCAUAAUUAGAUUUUUAGGCAUACAAGUCCCAGAGAAUGAAAAAGCCUACAGAAAGCCUAGAGAAUAUUUGAACACUUUGCUCGAUGAUCAUAAAACAGUAAAUCCAGAAGACAAUAAUUCAGAUGAGUCUGUUGCUAAAAGAUCGAAGCCAAAUAUUUGCCCAGUUUGUUUGGAUUGUUUUGAACAAAAAACUGCAGAAAGAAUUGUUUCAAAUUUCGCAUCACUUAGCAUUAAAGAUUAUGAAUAUAAAACCUUCAUUUUUAAUGUUAGUUUUCCCAAGUGCCUGGCAAUUAGAGCACAUGGAAUGCUACUACACUUAAAAAAACAUUUUCCAGAUUAUAAAUUCAAAAAUUUAUAUGAGAAAGAGAAAGAAGGGGAUAUUGUGAUAGAACCACCCCACAAAAUUUUUCGUUCUUCAGCUGGUGAAAUUAUUUCAAAGGCUAUAAACAAACAAUAUCAUCCCAAAUCCAACUUAAGUUUGCUUAUAACAAUAGGAUAUGAAAAUGAUAAUUUGGAAGUGAAUAAUAUGAAAAACAUAUUUAAAAUUAAAUCAUCCAGAAAGAAUCAAAUAGAAACAAGUAGAAACAAUAUAAAUGAAUAUUUAAAGGGUUUGGAUGACCAAACUUUUAAAAAUAAUUUUCCAGUUCCACCUCAGGUACCUAAUAUAGAAGUUCAAUUGGAAAAAGUAGACAUAACUGCUGAACCAAUAUAUCUUGGGGGAAGAUACUUCAAGUUUAAGAGAACAAUUGGUCAAACUCCUUGGGUAAUUAAUGGUGUCAGUUUAGCACCACAUAAUGUUGAAGAAAUUAUUUUUGAUGCUGUUACUAAUGUGCUUAGAUUCAAUAAAAAAUAUAUGACUUUCUCAUCUAGUGGUAGAGAAGAUGUUGAUGUGAGAAUGUUGGGCUCAGGAAGACCAUUUUAUAUUAAAGUUGAUAAUCCCAAAAACAGGAAUAUAUCUUUGGAACAAAUUCAAGAAAUUGAAAAGCAAAUAAUCAAAUCAGAACUUGUUGCUGUAAUCAAACUCCAAGUUGUACAUCCAUCAGAUUUGGUGAGGAUUAAGCAUGGUGAGGAGACUAAAAGAAAAACAUAUAGGGGCCUAUGUAAAACAACUGCCCCUAAUAUCAAGGAUGUUAUAUCCAAAAUUAAUGCACAGAAAGAGUUAACUAUUUCACAACUUACUGUAAUGCGAGUACUGCAUAGGAGAACAUUAAUGACUCGGAAAAGAGAAAUUCCCAUAAUUUCAGCUGCAGAAAUACCAGGUCAGUCUAAUUUGUUUGAAUUAGAAAUAGUCACGCAAGCAGGAACUUAUGUGAAGGAAUUUGUUCAUGGCGAUUUUGAAAGGACAGUACCAAGCGUCAGCUCAAUAGUUGGAUAUCCAACUGAUCUGGUAGCCUUAGAUUGUGUCAACAUCGAUUUAGUUUGGCCUGAGGCACCAGAUACAUAAAUAUGUUUUUGGAUGUUUACAUUUUUUUUUUUUUUUUAAUAAAUUUUUGCUUUAUUUAGUUAUAUUUUACUUGUCACUAUACAGGGUAAUACCAAUCUCAGAUAUUAUAUAAAUAUUAACAUCAAAUCAAUAAUGCCUGUUGAAAAAGUGGCUAAGAAAUGUUAUCAGUUAAAACUCUAGCUCUAUGGAAUGUGC